AUGAGGUCUGUCUCUGUAGAUCUAAAGAUUUAUCCUUCACUGCAAAUUGACAUUCCUGAUGCUCUCAGUGAAAAAGACAAAGUGAAGUUCACAGUCCAUACAAAGGCUGUAUCACCAGCUUUUCAGGGAACAGAAUUCUCUGUUACAAGACUACAUGAAGAUUUUGAGUGGCUUCAUAAAAUACUUAAUGAAACAGAAGACUAUGCAGGACUGAUUAUACCCCCAGCCCCUGCAAAGCCUGAUUUUGAUGGUCCUCAGGAGAAGAUGCAUAAACUUGGGGAAAGAGAACUGUCUAUGACGAAAGAAGAAUUUGCUAAAAUGAAGCAAGAGCUAGAAGCUGAAUACCUUGCAGUCUUCAAGAAAACAGUGUCAUCACAUGAAAUCUUCCUUCAGCAAAUUUCCUCCCACCCUGUUCUCCGCCAAGAUUAUAACUUCCAUAACUUUCUUGAGUAUGACCAUGAUCUAAGUGUUCGAAGAAAAAAUGCACAGGAAAUGUUUGGUGGUUUCUUUAAAAGUGUGUUGAAGAGUGCUAAUGAAGUUUUGUUCUCUGUGGUUAAGGAGGUGGAUAAUUUCUUUGAGCAAGAGAAGAUUUUCCUUAUGAUCUACUACAACAGAAUUACAGAUGCAUAUGCAAAGGCAGAUAAAAUGACGAGAUCACAUAAAAACAUUGCAGAUGACUACAUCCACAUUUCAGUGAGUAUGAACAGCCUGGCUGUGGAAGAUCCAACUAUUAUUAAAAAGAACAUGUCGAAAAUUGCCAAGAUUUUUGAGAAACUCAGGAAACUAGAGAAUCUUGUUUCUUCUGACAAAGAUUUGAAACUCUCAGAGUUACUAAGAUACUAUAUGCUCAAUAUAAAAGCAGCAAAGGAUCUCCUAUAUAGACGUACACGGGCACUUGUGGACUAUGAGAAUUCAAACAAAGCUUUGGAUAAAGCUCGGUUGAAAGGCAAAGAUGUCAGACUGGCUGAAGCAAACCAGCAAGAGUGCUGUCAAAGAUUUAAAAAACUUUCCGUCUCUGCCAAACAAGAACUGAACAAUUUUAAACAGAAGCGGGUAGCAGCAUUUCGUAAAAAUCUAAUUGAAAUGACUGAACUGGAGAUCAAGCAUGCAAAGAACAAUGUUUCUGUCUUGCGAAGCUACAUUGAUUUAUUAAAGAACUAA